AUGCGUUCGUGCUACGCUUUGGGCGUGCUGGUCCUGAGUGCACAACCGGCCUCUGCAGCGCGAGUGGUUGUCCAAACGAAGCAGUGUGGGUAUCAAAGCCUCCUGCAAGCCGAAGUUGCAGGCGUGCCGGAUGGGGUCCGGGUGAAGGUUUGCGGUGAGGAGGUGGUGCUCAAAUCGGAGCACCCCACAUCAGAUGCGUGGAAGUCCUUAAACUGGUGGGAUCCGGCGCUGCAGGGGGCGAGCCUGACGCCUGAAGAGCUCGAAACCCUGGACAACUACCUCGGCAGCUAUGACUAUGCCCGCCCCAUGGGCCAAAUAGGCCAUGGCCAAUUGCCCAAGCACACCACGUCGGCGGUGAAAGGCGUCUUGAGCUUCGAGGUGUUGUUGGGCAACGCGUUGAACAAGCUGCCGGCCUCGGGGGUCGCGCAGCUGUACCGAGGAGGCUGGACCUCUAUGGAGCAGCUGCAGGAGAUGCAGGCAGCCUUGGACUCUGGUUCUGCGAUCAACUUCCCAUGGUUCCAGUCGACCUCCAGCGACAGCAGCCACGCUUCCACCUUCAUGGGCAGGAAAAGCGAGCCACAGACGUGUGCCAACGAGUGCAUUGAGAAGGGCGCGGCUUUUCCCACCUACUUGACAUUUGAGACCCGGCACGGGAAGGAUGUCAGUGAGUGGAAUGCCGCUGAAAAGGAAUGGCUUUUGCUCCCAAGCCUUCGCUUCAAAGUGGCCAGCAUCACGAAGAUCAUGAAUGAUCCCUGGUGGGAGGCCAGUCCCAAAGACAUGGCGGACUGGCUGGGCCAGGUGCACACGGUGCCCACCAACUUCUGGAGCCGCAAGGGGAAGAUGAGCUACGGCCCCUGGCCCGAGCUCGCUGCCGCCUGCCUGGCCCAUUCCAUCGACGGCCAAGGCUUCCUCAAGUGGUGGGCCAACAGAUCCUUCCCGGAGCCAUAUGCGCCCCGCUGGGACGAGUCGGAAUACCUCCACUCAGACAAGCACAUGGAGUUUCAAUAUGCCUCCUACACCCGCUUCCAGCUUCCUACGCUUUCAACAAGAGCGGGCCCCGGGCCGAACACGGUGCAAUUUUACUACCGCAUCAAUCUGCAGGACGCGCCCUGA